AUGGCGCGCGCGCGCGGGGAGGCCGAGGUCGCCGGCCUGAGCCACGGCGGCCUGGGCCGCCGGCCCUCGCCCCCCCGCGUCACAGAGGCGGAGGUGCGGCGCGAGCGGAGGCUCCGCGGCGCCGGCGGCGCCGCGGCGGAGGGCGUGCCGACUACGGUCCUGUCGUUGCACCAGCCGCUGGCCUCGUUCCUUGCGCACGGGCUGCAGCGAAUAGAAGGGCGGGGCUGGACCACCGAGUUCCGCGGGCCGCUGUGGAUCCACGCGGGCUCCAGGCAGCCGGCCCCGGAGGACAUAGCAAGGUGGGAAGCGCUGUACCGAGACGCCUUCGCGGUGGACGGGCACGAGGUGCAUAUGCCCCAGCAGUACCCGACCUCAGCGCUCGUGGGCCUCGUGGAGGUGGUGGAUGUCCUGAGCGCGGAAGAACUCGCAGCCUGGAGGCUGCCGCGGGGCGUGCGGCGCGAGGCAAGGAGCCACGGCUCGGGCUUCCUCUUCCUGGUGGAGCAGCACCGGCGGCUUGUGGUCCCGCUGAAGAUGUCCGGGCAGCACAAGCUGUGGCGCCUGGACAAGCGCACCGCGGCCGGCGCUCUCCGCGGCCUGGUGCCCGCGGAGCUGGAGCCGCCGCUGCGCUUCGACGUACUGCGGGCCCUAGGACGCGGCGCCCCAGCCGAGGAGAGCGACAGCGGGCCGGACGAGUCCGGCAGGCACGAGUCCGACAGCGAGGACGAGGCCGUGCUGGCGGCGGCCCUGCAGCUGUCGCUGGGCGACCGCGCCCCAGCCGCGACCGCCGCCUCGAUGCCCGCGGCCGCGCCCGCAGCUUGGCCGACCGAAGGUCCACUGAGUGGCUACCUGUCGACUACCCGUAGGAAUGACCUCUCGCAGGAGUGA